AUGACCUUCCCAGGCCCCAUAGCGCCCCCCUGGGGCCCCCUGCGGCCCUUGGGGGCCCCCCUGGACCCUCGAAGUGGCUGGGGGGGCGCAGCAAGUGCGUGGGGGGGCCCCUCUGGGGGGGGCCCCCCCCAGGGGGGGGCCCCCCUGGGGGGGCCCCCACGGGGGCCCCCAGGGGGCGGGGGGCCCCCCCAGCUGCUGCUGCAGCCGCAGGGAAGCUUCCUGAGGGUCUCGCAGUCCGUGAGAUGGAGCAGCGGGGGACUUGUGGUUGAAAGCCACAGCGCCAGGGCCCAAGUUUUGUGUGCAGUGAAGGAGUUUGCUGCUGGAGAGGGGGACCACUAUGGCAGCGCAGCAGAGAGGGGCCCCCGGAGUGCUUCGAGCAGCAGCAGCAGCAGCAGCAGCAGCAGCAGCAGCAGGGGCCCCCUAAGCAACUCGCAGCAGUGGGGGGCCCCCACAGGGGCCCCCGAGGGGCCCCCGGGGCCCCUCAUGGUACCCUUUGUGGCAACUUGUGCUGCUGUCUGCGCCCACGUCAGCAGCAGCAGCAGCAGCACGCAGUCAGUGCAGUUCCUAAGGAAGUUCGAAGUGGUCCAGGCUGCAGCAGCUAGCAGCAGCAGCAGCAGCAGCAGCAGCAGCAGCAGCAGCAGCAGCAACGGCAGCAGCUUCCUGGGCCCUAGGAAGGGGGGCUUCAGAGCUGUUGAAGGGACACCUCUUACUCGACUACGCAGCUGCAACGGAGAAGCUGCAGCAGCGCUGCCCCCCAUCCUAAGCCCUGCAGCAGCAGCAGCAGCAGUUGCUGCUGCUGCUGCAGCGCCUUGGCAGCCACUGCAGGCUAUUGAGGGCGGCGAACUUCUACCGGAGAGUGCAGCAGCAGCAGCAGCAGCACGCGCAGCAGCAGCGUCUGCAGCAGCAGCAGAAGCUGAAGCGCCGCCUGAGGAUGCUUGGAGCGCGCAUGCAGCGGAUGAGCAGGAGGCAGCAGCAGCAGCAGCAGCAGCAGCAGCAGCAGCAGCAGCAGCAGCGGAUACGUUCCCCCAGAAAGACACAACUAGGGCAAGCAACGAAAAGAAAACAAAAGGCAGUUCAGCAGCAGCUGCUGCUGCAGCACCAGCAGCAGCUGCUGCUGCAGCAGCACGCCGCCGCAGCAAAAGGGGAAAGCCCCUGCAGCUCUUCUCAGUGCGCACUCUCAAGGGGCCCUCAGCAUGUUUGCCUUUGGGGGGCCCCCCUCCAGCAGCAGCAGCAGCAGCAGCAGCAGCAGCAAAGAAAGUGGCAGCAAGGCCCCGCCAAGCAAGGGGAGUCGUUUUUCCUGACCAAGUGCCUGCUGCUGCUGCUGCUGCUGCUGCUGCUCGAAAGAGCAGCAGCUUCCCACAGCCUGGGGGCCCCCAGCAGCAGCAGCUGUGGCCCCUGCGUUACUACACUACAAGCUCUGCAGCUGCAGCGGGAGGGCUCAGGGGCCCCCCAGGGGGGCCCCCGGGGGGGCCCCCAGGGGGGCCCCCAGGGGGGCCCCCGGGGGGGCCCCCAGGGGGGCCCCCUGCUGCAGGCAGCAGGGGCCCCCGUCAUAUGAGUACUGCAGAAGCUUACUUUGGGAGGGUACCGGAGGGUUCAGCAGAUUUUAAGAAGCUGCUGACGCGGGGGAGAGCAGCAGCAGCAGCAAACGGGGACAGCAGCAGCAGCAGCAGCAGCAGCAGCAACAGGGGCAGCAGCAAGGAAACCAAGAGGAGGAGCAGCUGGUGGGGGAGGCGGAAGGGGGCUGCUGCAGAAGAUGGGGAAGCUGGGGAUUUGCAUGCAGCAGCAAAUAUUGAGAAAAAGAAAAAAGAAAAGAAAAAAGAUGAAAAGAAAAAAGAUGAAAAGAAAAAAGAAACAAAAGUAAAUACAAAACAAGAAGCUUAUGCGCCUGGCGGGCGUUGGGGCGGGACGGAAGCAGCAGCAGCAAUUCGCGCCAUGACAGCAGCAGGAGCAGCAGCAGCAGCAGCAGCAGCAGCACGAGCAGCAACGAACCCGGGGCCUCCCCCAGCCUCCUGGGUGAACCCGCAGCAGCAAAUGAACAAAGAAAGAAUGGCUUUUAAAGAAGCAGCAACUUAUUUAAAACCAAAAGAAAAUAAAAUAAAUAAUAAUUGGAAUGAAAAAGACUAUUUAUACUUCAAAGAAGAUUCUGCAAAAGUCAAAAAAAGCCGCAGCUUUCCAGUGUCUUUUCUGGCAAAGUUGAAGAGCAAAUUCACCAGAUCCAAGUCUGCAAAUGAAUAA